AUCUUUGGUCAUCAUCGAUCUCUUCCAUGGGGAUUUCUACAGAGACGCAGCAAAUUGCGGCAUCAGAGGCUGCACAAAAGAGAUGGACUACAAGCGAUUUCGACGUUGGAAAGCCUCUUGGUAGAGGGAAGUUUGGCCAUGUUUAUCUAGCAAGAGAGAAACGGAGCAAUCAUAUUGUGGCUCUUAAGGUUCUUUUUAAGACUCAGCUUCACCAAUCUCAAGUUGAACACCAAUUACGAAGGGAAGUAGAGAUUCAGUCUCAUCUUCGGCAUCCCAAUAUACUGCGACUCUACGGUUACUUCUAUGAUCAGAAAAGAGUUUAUUUGAUUUUAGAGUAUGCAGCUAGAGGUGAGCUUUAUAAAGAGCUUCAGAAGUGCAAGUACUUUAGCGAACGUCGAGCAGCAACUUAUGUUGCGUCAUUGGCAAGAGCCCUCAUCUAUUGCCAUGGAAAACACGUUAUUCACAGAGAUAUAAAGCCUGAAAAUCUAUUGAUUGGUGCUCAGGGUGAGCUCAAGAUUGCAGAUUUUGGAUGGUCAGUACAUACAUUCAACCGUAGAAGGACUAUGUGUGGCACUCUGGAUUAUCUUCCACCUGAGAUGGUUGAAAGCGUAGAACAUGAUGCAAGUGUGGAUAUAUGGAGUCUAGGAAUUCUCUGCUACGAAUUUCUUUAUGGUGUCCCUCCUUUUGAGGCCAGGGAGCAUUCAGAGACAUACAAAAGGAUUGUCCAAGUGGAUCUCAAGUUCCCUCCCAAACCUAUUGUGUCUUCAUAUGCAAAGGACUUGAUUAGCCAGAUGCUGGUUAAGGAGUCUACACAACGUUUGGCCUUGCACAAGCUUCUUGAACACCCGUGGAUUGUGCAAAGCGCAGAUCCGUCGGGCAUCUACAGAGAGCCCAGAUCCGAAGUUUCUCCAGGAACAAUAAUGUCGGUGAGGCAUGGCCAAUCUUCGUAUCGAGAUCGGACUGGCGAAUUUUUCGGUAUUGUGGAUAGCUUGAGGAGAUCGAUUGCGAUUUCUCCAGCGACGAAUAAUGUGCAAUAUAGUGAAAGAAGAGAAGAUCUGAAUAAACGAUCUGAGUUCACCAAGAGAGCUAGAUCAAUUGGUUUAGCUAUUAGUCAGACGUCCCAGAAGCUCUCUAAGCUUGCUAAACUUGCAAAGAGGACAUCAGUGUUUGAUGAUCCGACUCAGGAGAUACAAGAGCUGACAGUAGUCAUCAAGCAAGAGAUCUCUGCUUUAAAUACUGCUUUGCUUGACCUUCAAGUGUUUUGUAGCUCUCAGAAUGAUGAAGGGAACAACUCUAGAGAUAAAACUACUCACUCAGCAACAGUUGUUGACGAUCUUAAGUAUCGUUUGAUGGAUACUACCAAAGAGUUUAAGGAUGUUCUUACCAUGAGAACCGAGAAUAUGAAGGUCCAUGAAAAUCGAAGGCAACUCUUCUCUUCAAAUGCGUCAAAAGAAUCAACAAACCCAUUCGUUCGCCAGCGCCCUUUGGCUGCUAAGGCUGCUGCUAGUGAAUCUGCUCCUCUUCCAUGGGCGAAUGGGUCUUCUUCAUCGUCAUCUCAGUUAGUCCCAUGGAAGCAGGGAGAGGCCGAAUCUUCACCAUUGUUGCAGCAGAGUCAACAACAACAACAGCAGCAGCAGCAACAGAUGGUCCCAUUGCAAGACACAUAUAUGCAGAGUCGAGCUGAAGCUCUACACAACGUCGAAUCAACAAUCCAUGAGCUAAGCAAUAUCUUCACACAACUAGCAACCAUGGUUUCUCAGCAAGGGGAGAUUGCUAUCAGAAUCGAUCAAAACAUGGAAGAUACAUUAGCGAAUGUGGAAGGCGCACAGAGCCAGCUUGCCAGGUAUCUAAACAGCAUAUCGUCAAACCGAUGGCUGAUGAUGAAGAUUUUCUUCGUACUCAUUGCAUUUCUCAUGAUUUUCCUCUUCUUUGUGGCGUAAACAUUGUGACUAAAAAUUGACUUUAAAGAGUUUCAACAUCUAGACAUGGUUCUUUUUUUUUCUGUCGUAUCUUAUUGACAUGUAAAGACCAAAAGAGAAAAAGGGAUCUUAUGCUCUGUUCAGAUUAAUAGAGAUUAUAUAUAAUGUCUUUUCCAUGUAAAAUUGCUUUAAGUUUUCCAAACAAAUUAUAGUUUUUCUG